UUAUGCGCAGUGGUGUAACGCUGGAUCAGGCUGUGAUAGUCUGGAAAGAAGUCCCCUCUUGCACACACAGCUAUGGAGACCCUCUCGAAGCACCGCACCCUCCUGAUUGGCCUGGCUGGGCUGGGGGCCGCAGUGGCCAUCACCUGGCUCUUUAUGUCCAAGAGGAAGAAGAUGCAUGUGCGGAAGGUUGGGCAGAUCUCACAGUUGUUCCUCUACCCAGUAAAGUCCUGCAAAGGGAUCCCUCUUCAAGAAGCAGAGUGCAGGGAUUAUGGACUGAAGAAUGGAGAGCUCAGUGACAGACAUUGGCUUGUUGUAAAGGAGGACAAAGUCCAUGUUACAGCCAGACAGGAGCCUAGAAUGGUGCUGAUAACGGUGACCUGUGAUAAAGGAUAUUUAACUAUCAGUGCACCGGGAAUGGAUAAACUCGAGAUUCCCUUGAAGCUGCCAACUAGAAAUUCAAUUUUUACCUGCAAGGUCCAUGGGAAUGAGGUCAUGGGCAGAGACUGCGGAGACGAAGCAUCUCACUGGAUUACAAAAUUCUUGAAGAGUGUUCAGAUGUACCGAUUAGUACAGUUCGAGGACAGGAUGAAGCGCCGGAAUCCAAAGAAGGAAUAUCCCACAUACACUGAAAAUGACCAGGUGGCGUACCCUGACCUCAGCCCCCUCCUUCUACUCUCUGAUGCCUCAUUAGAAGACCUCAACUCAAAACUGGAACACAAAAUCUCCAUCCAAAACUUUCGACCAAACAUUGUGGUCUCUGGAUGUGAACCCUUUGCCGAGGACUCCUGGAAGGAGAUUCAGAUUGGCGAACACGUGAGACUGAAACAAGUCAUGCCUUGUCCACGAUGUAUUCUGACCACGGUGGAUCCUGACACCGGAAUUAUUAAUAUGAAGGAGCCCCUGGAGACAAUGCGCAGUUACCGGCUGUGUGAUACCGCGGAUAAGGAGGUCUACAAGUCUUCUCCACUCUUUGGACAGUUUGUGAGGAUUCAGAAGAAGGGGAUGAUUAAAGUUGGAGAUCCUGUAUAUGAGAUAUCCCACUGAAUGCUUCUGCUGGUGUAAACGAACCACCAAAUCAAAAACUGGACCUGCCUUGUGCUGUACUUGGAGAGAUCUAUCACAGAGAGUGGGUGGCAAUAAGAGAUCCGUACCAUGUACUUUCCCAUGUCUACAUUUUCAGCAUUUGCAAUAGAUUUUAUCCCCAGAUUUGUGAAGACUCAGUUGUGUUGAUUAUCAAAAGACUGAGGGGCCACACGCUGCUGAUGUUUCUAAAGUAAAAGCAACUUUAUUGCAGGUCCAAAAAACUGUCAAACAUCCCACACUGAACGAACGCAUUUCACCCAUAUGGGCUUAAUCAUAUAUACUCUGAUUAAGCCCAUGUGGGUGAAACAUGUCAUUGGUGUGUGGCCUGUCAUUCUUUUGAUACUCUGGGAAUAUUGCAAGGAUGUAUUAUUGACAAGCACUUAGACCUUUUUUGAGACUGUGCAGAAGAAUGUGGACAGCAUUGUCAGCCUGCUACAGGAAGUGUAGUUUACGGCAGGAAACAAACUUUGCUACAGAAUUACAAAAAAACUCUGCAUAUAAUGUAGUGUGAUAACAAACAUACUGAAUAAUAGUUUCUGGGUUUACAUUUCCCCUGAAUAAAACACAACUACCAGUGUCCUCUUUCUCCCUUCCAUGCUCCUCUGACAUUGACUUCUCCAAGGAUAUAGACUUGCAUGCUUAGUAGCCAUCAGUUUACGGGGUGCUCUGUAUUACUCUAUAUAUUACCUGAGAUUAACAACUGAUACAAUUUCUAACAUGUGAUUGAAUGAACCUCCAUGCACCAAAGAUAUUUCUGUGCUGCUAUAAUUAAUUGCCAUAGUAAAUGUUAAGAUUUACGUAAUAUUUUUUAAUAAAAUGUAUAAAUCAAAUACUU